AUGCGGGCCCCGCUGCUCGCGCUCUGCGCCCUCGCGCUGCUCCGCCCGGGCUGCGCGCCCCGCGCACCGCCCCGCGCAGCGAGCCCCGCUCCGCCCCGCGCUCCGAGCCCCGCUCCGAGCCCCGCUCCGAGUCCCGCUCCGAGCCCCGCUCCGACCCGCGCUCCGACCCGCGCUCCGAGCCCCGCUCCGAAUCCCGCUCCGACCCGCGCUCCGACCCGCGCUCCGAGCCCCGCGCCGAGCCCCGCGCCGCCCCGCGCCCCGCCGCGCUGUCCCCCGCUCAUGCUGCAGCUGCUGCGCGCGCCGCCGCCCCCGCUGCGCGCCCCCGACGCCGCCGCCUCCGCACUCAGCAUCGCCCCGCACGGGGCGCUCCGGCGCGGCUCCCGCUGGGCCCUCUCCUUCGACCUGAGCUCCUUGACGAGCGCGCGGGACGUGAAGCUGGCGGAGCUGCGCGUGCGGCUGCCUGAGCCCUGGCGCUCCCGCCGUGCCACCCUGGAGCUCUACCACAGCCCGCGGGAGCCGUGCGCGCAGAGCCGGAGCUGCGCCCGGCUCCUCCUGGGCACCUUCGCCGGCACCUCCUCCUUCACCCAGGCUUCCUGGGAUGUGUUCAACGUCACCGGCGUCCUCCGCGCGUGGCUGCACCAAGAGGUGGCCCCCGGCGCCCAGAGCAUCCCGGUGCCGCACGGAGUGGAGCCGGGCGCCGUCCCGGCCACGGCGGUGCCGAGCGCGCCGGGGCCGAGCGCCGGGGAGCUGGAUCUGCCCGCGGAUGUCACCGAUCGCGUCCUGCUGCUCGUCUUCUCCAAGGAGCCGUCGCUCCCGGGAGCCUGCAGCCUCCUGCGCUCCGCGGAGGCCUCCAAGCACGUGCUGCGCGACGGCAGCUCCGCGGAGCCGGGUGGCCGGCGCCGGCGCCGGAAUAGGAAGGAAAAGCAGCGGAUUAGAGUGAGCGACGCGCCGGCCGCCGCCGAGGCCGCCGGCUCCUUGUGCCGCAGGGUGGACAUGCUGGUGGAUUUCGAGCAGACCGGCUGGGGCAGCUGGAUCGUCUACCCCAAAAAAUACAACGCCUACCGCUGCGAGGGGCAGUGCCCGUCGCCCGUGGACGAGACCUUCAAGCCCACGAACCAUGCGUACAUCCAGAGCUUGCUGCGGCUCUACAAGCCGGGGCACGUGCCGUGCCCCGCGUGCUCGCCCGUGCGCAUGAGCCCCCUCUCCAUGCUCUACUACGAGAAGGGCGAGCUCGUCGUGCGGCACCACGAGGACAUGGUCAUCGAGGAGUGCGGCUGCAACUGAAGCGGGCUCCUCCCGGGCUGGGAACGCCGGGAAACGGGCACGGGGCGGCCCCGGGAGCGUCCGAACCGCCACGGAUCGGCCCCAGGAGCAUCCGAACGGCCAUGGAUUGGUCCCCGGAGCAUCUGAACAGCCGCUGAUCAACCCUGGGAGCGUCCGGAAGGCCACGGAUCUGCCCCAGGAACAUCCAUGAGGACUAAGCGGCGGAGCUGGGAAGCACCUCCCAGCAAUAGCUCCAAAGGGAGC